UACCAAGCCCCGCCUUCAUAUCAAGCUCCACCCUCCUAUCAAGCUCCUCCUUCGUAUCAACCCGCACCAGCAGCUCCUUCAUAUAAGGGAUCUGCACCGUAUCAGGCCGCUCCAAGCGCCGGUGCCAUUGCACCUGCACCACCUAUGCCAACUGUUGCUUCGCCUCCUCCGAUAGCGUCGACGUAUGUUCCUGCGGCCACCUUAAUAAAAAGGGAUGACGAAGAGGCGAAGCAGGUUACCGAACGAGAGGCCCUGUCAGCGGGACAGGAUGUUAUAAAG